AUGGUUUGGCUGGUGCAGGAAGAGAGCAGAGGAAUCACCAGCCAUGAUGGGAAGAAAUUGCUGACGCUCUGGACCGUGCUAUGUGGUGGUGUUAUUGUUCUUCUUUGGGGGUUUUUCAGUCUUCCUAGAAAAUUUGGAUCCACAAGAGCAGUCAGAAAUAAGACGUGUGACGAUGAAGUGAAGAUAUGCAUGAAUUCCUGGAAUAAGCUUAAUCAGAACUGCUUCUUUAUUUUCCAACAUAAAAAUUCAUGGCUCACUGCACAGGAGACCUGCCAGAACUAUGAUGCAACUCUGGUUAAAUUCAACAACAAGAAUGAAUUGGAAACUCUGAUGAAUCACAUUCAGGCACUACGAUCUUCAGCGUGGAUUGGACUGAACAAACGAAAUAUACGCAAAUCCUGGGUUUGGACUGAUGGAAGUAGAUACAAUAAUUUGAAGCCAAUCCAAGAGCAUGGUGACUGUGCCUUCAUACAUAAAAAUGGCAUAGACAGUACCAGUUGUGAUGACCUAAAGGAUUAUAUUUGUAGCAAAACAGGCCAGUGCCCUUGA